AGGAUUUAACGCCGGCUCCUUCCCCAUUCCUGUCUCCUGCUAGGAGGGCCUGGGCCGUAACAGCGGGGUAAUAAACUACUUUUCAUUAAAGAGAUCUGGGGGAUAGGAAUGGGAGGGGGCCGCAAAGGUGGGGACAGAAAGGCACAAAUCCGCUCCAAGACGGAAAGCCAGGGUGGGGGCGCGCUGGGUUCACUUCCCCCGGCCCCCCCUCCCUCCAAAGCCACCCUGAGUUUCUGUGCCCGGCGAAGUAGCCCAGCGCCGCGCCAGGCCGCCGGCCUCGCUCCCGGCGCGGUGGGGGCGCGCGGGCCCGCCCUGGCUUCCCCGGCCGGGCGGCAGCCCCCUCCCCGUCGCCCCGAGCCCCUCCCCCGGGCCCGGAGCCCCUCCCCGCGCUCUUCCCCUCUCUCCCCUCCCCUCCCUUCCCUUCCCUGCCCUGCCCGGCCCUGCCUCCGCCUCCUGCGCCCGCAGCCUCCGCCGGCGCCGAGCCCCCCGGAGCCGGAGCGCGGCGAAGGGGCGCCGCCGGCCCCUCCCCAGCGCGCUGACAGCAGGCUCCGGGGCCCCCGCCCCGUCCCCUCGCCGGCGGGACACACCCCCGCCCCUCCUCUGCUUCGCCAGUUCCCGCCGGACCCACCGGGCGGCGGAGAGAGCGGGCGGGCGAGCCGGAGAGCGGCAGCGGCGGCGGCGGCGCGGGAGGGAAGGGGCGCACGGCAGGCCCAGGGGAGCCGCCCCGGCGCACGGAGCCCGCGCGCCCUCCGGACCGUCCCCGCUCCGCGGCCGUACCUCAGGGCGCCGGGAGCCCGGGCAGCGGCGCGCCGGACCGGGGUGGAGGGGGGACCCUGCGACCCGGGAAGCGGGAGAAGGAGCCAGAGCCCGACCGGGAUGAGAAGGUGACGCCGCCGGGAGGCGCCACUCGCUUUGUGGGGGAAGAUGCUCGCCUACUGCGUGCAGGAUGCCACCGUGGUGGACGUGGAGAAACGGAGGAACCCCUCCAAGCACUAUGUGUAUAUCAUCAACGUGACCUGGUCUGACUCCACGUCCCAGACCAUCUACCGGAGGUACAGCAAGUUCUUUGACCUGCAGAUGCAGCUUCUGGAUAAAUUUCCCAUCGAAGGUGGCCAGAAGGACCCCAAGCAGAGAAUCAUCCCCUUCCUCCCAGGCAAAAUCCUCUUCCGGAGAAGCCACAUCCGGGACGUAGCUGUGAAGAGGCUGAAGCCCAUCGAUGAGUACUGCCGGGCACUUGUCCGGCUGCCACCCCAUAUUUCACAGUGCGAUGAAGUCUUUCGGUUCUUUGAGGCCCGACCGGAGGAUGUCAACCCCCCCAAAGAGGACUAUGGCAGUUCCAAGAGGAAAUCAGUGUGGCUCUCCAGCUGGGCUGAGUCUCCCAAGAAGGACGUGACAGGUGCCGACACCCACGCCGAGCCCAUGAUCCUGGAACAGUACGUGGUGGUGUCCAACUAUAAGAAGCAGGAGAACUCGGAGCUGAGCCUCCAGGCCGGGGAGGUGGUGGAUGUCAUCGAGAAGAACGAGAGCGGCUGGUGGUUUGUGAGCACCUCUGAGGAGCAGGGCUGGGUCCCUGCCACCUACCUGGAGGCCCAGAAUGGUACUCGGGACGACUCAGAUAUCAACACCUCCAAGACUGGGGAAGUGUCCAAGAGACGCAAGGCCCAUCUGCGGCGCCUGGAUCGCCGGUGGACCCUGGGCGGGAUGGUCAACAGGCAGCACAGCCGAGAGGAGAAGUACGUCACCGUGCAGCCUUACACCAGCCAGAGCAAGGACGAGAUUGGCUUUGAGAAGGGCGUCACCGUGGAGGUGAUCCGGAAGAAUUUGGAGGGCUGGUGGUACAUCAGAUACCUGGGCAAAGAGGGCUGGGCGCCAGCAUCCUACCUGAAGAAAGCCAAGGAUGACCUGCCAGCACGGAAGAAGAAUCUGGCGGGCCCCGUGGAGAUCAUCGGCAACAUCAUGGAGAUCAGCAACCUGCUGAACAAGAAGGCGUCCGGGGACAAGGAGACCCCCCCGGCUGAAGGCCAGGGCCCGGAGGCCCCCAUCACCAAGAAGGAGAUCAGCCUGCCCAUCCUCUGCAACGCCUCCAACGGCAGCACCCUGGGCGUCCCCGAGAGGACCGUCUCCAAGCUGGCCCAGGGCUCCCCGGCCGUGGCCAGGAUUGCCCCUCAGAGGGCCCAGAUCAGCUCCCCGAACCUAAGGACAAGGCCUCCACCUCGCAGAGAGUCCAGCCUGGGGUUCCAGCUGCCAAAGCCGCCAGAGCCCCCUUCUGUUGAGGUGGAGUACUACACCAUUGCCGAAUUCCAGUCGUGCAUUUCUGAUGGGAUCAGCUUUCGAGGUGGACAGAAGGCAGAGGUCAUCGACAAGAACUCAGGUGGCUGGUGGUACGUGCAGAUCGGUGAGAAGGAGGGCUGGGCCCCCGCGUCGUACAUCGAUAAGCGCAAGAAGCCCAACCUGAGCCGCCGCACGAGCACUCUGACGCGGCCCAAGGUGCCCCCGCCGGCACCGCCCAGCAAGCCCAAGGAGGCCGAGGAGGGUCUGGCGGGUGCUGGCGAGGGCCAGGACUCCCCGCUGAGGCUCAAGUACGAGGAGCCCGAGUAUGACAUCCCCGCCUUUGGCUUUGACUCAGAGCCGGAGCUGAGCGAGGAGCCCACGGAGGACGGCGGUGUGGGGGACAGGCGGCCCACCCAGCCCCGCAGGCCCUCACCCGCCUCCUCACUGCAGCGCGCACGCUUCAAGGUGGGCGGGUCUGCAGAGGACGUGGCCCUGGAGGAGGAGACCAUCUACGAGAACGAGGGCUUCCGGCCGUGUGCAGAGGACACCCUGUCGGCCAGACGCUGCUCCCGGGACAGUGACUCCCCAGGCGGCUCCCCGCUGUCCCUCGCCAGGAAAAACUCCCCCAAAUCCGGAUCCCCCAAAUCAUCCUCGCUCCUGAAGCUCAAGGCAGAGAAGAAUGCCCAGGCGGAACUGGGGAAGAACCACUCCUCAGCCUCCUUUUCCUCAUCCAUCACCAUCAACACCACCUGCUCCUCCUCCUCGUCCUCUUCCUCCUCAUCCUUAUCCAAGAACAGUGGGGACCUAAAGCCCCGUUCUGCCUCGGACGCAGGCAUCCGAGGCACUCCCAAGGUCGGAGCGAAGAAGGAUGCCGAUCUGAAGGCUGGGCUGACCUCCUGUGCCCGGGCCAAGCCAUCGGUUCGGCCCAAGCCGUUCCUGAACCGCGCCGAAUCCCAGAGUCCAGAGAAGAUGGACAUCAGCACUUUACGGCGCCAGCUGAGGCCCACCGGCCAGCUCCGUGGUGGCCUCAAGGGCUCCAAGAGCGAGGACUCGGAGCUGCCCCCCCAGACGGCCUCCGAGGGUCCCAGCGAGGGGUCCAGGAGGGGCUCGGCCGACCUCAUCACCCUCCCUGCCGCCACGCUCCAGGGUCCCCCCAAGAAGGGGCGGGAAGGGCCGGUCACCUCCUACACGACGUGCAGUGCCUACCAGAAGGUCCAGGACUCGGAGAUCAGCUUCCCCGCAGGCGUGGAGGUGCAGGUGCUCGAGAAGCUGGAAAGCGGCUGGUGGUAUGUGAGGUUUGGGGAGCUGGAGGGCUGGGCCCCCUCCCACUAUUUGGUUCUCGGUGAGAACGAUCCAUCCGACCCCCCUGGCAAAGAGCUGGACGCAGUGGCCACCAAGAGCAAGCAGAACGAGGGCAAGUCAGACAGCCUGGAAAAGAUUGAGAAGAGGGUCCAAGCGCUGAACACCGUCAACCAGAGCAAGAGGGCCACGCCGCCCAUCCCCUCCAAGCCUCCUGGGGGCUUUGUCAAGACCUCAGGUGCCGGGCCGGUGAAGAUGAGGAAUGGCGUGCGGCAGGUGGCGGUGAGGCCCCAGUCGGUGUUCGUGUCCCCGCCACCCAAGGACAGCAACCUGUCCUGUGCCCUGAGGAGGAACGAGUCGCUGACGGCCACGGAUGGCCUCCGAGGUGUCCGCCGGAACUCCUCCUUCAGCACUGCCCGCUCGGCGGCCACAGAGGCCAAGGGCCGCCUGAUCGAACGGGCCGCCAGCCAGGGCUCGGAUCCCCCUCUGCUGCCCACUCAGCGCAAUGGCAUCCCUGUGUCCCCCGUGCGCCCCAAGCCCAUUGAGAAAUCCCAGUUCAUCCACAACAACCUCAAAGAUGUGUAUGUCUCGAUCGCAGACUACGAGGGGGACGAGGAGACGGCAGGCUUCCAGGAAGGCGUGUCCAUGGAGGUCCUGGAGAGGAACCCCAACGGCUGGUGGUACUGCCAGAUCCUGGACGGGGUGAAGCCCUUCAAAGGCUGGGUGCCCUCCAACUACCUGGAGAAAAAGAACUAACGGGGGGCAGGGGUCCUCCCAGCCUUAGUGUGGGUGAGUGGUGAGAUAAGACAAAAGGGAAGGGGAAAAUGGGAGGGGGUGGGGAGGACAACGUUAAACCUGCGGAAUGUGUGACCUCAGAGAUACUCCCCUCCAGGCUGUCCCACAACUGGAAGGUAGGAUCUGGCGGGGGCCCACCUUGAGCAGGGAGGGGGAUGGACAGGGGUGCCCUGGGCCUGGGACCGGAGGCGAGAAAGCUGAGCCUCACUUGUGCACCUUGGGGACUUUACUGACGGACUCAGUGCCACUUGGGACAGGCCAUGUGGGAAACCCCAAUUUGUGCCUUGGCUGCAAAUCUAGAAAAGAUGUGGUUGUGGGGCCUCCCGUGCCCUGCCCCUGCCUAGCCUGGUUUCAGUUGCUGGCAUUUUGCCCCCGGAGGUAGCCCUUGUAUUGUCCUAACCUGUUUGUGAAUUAUGCUGGUUUCCCAGGGAUCGCCGCCCGCCCGCCAGGGGUGGGUGUGGUAGGAGACACCACUGGCUCUGGGGCUUGGCGGCAUCUCCUGUGAGCUCAGGCUGUCCCUGGGCCAGGCCACUGUCAGUGUCAGCUGAAGAAAAAGCAGUUCCCCAGGUGCCAGCAAGGACCACCUUUCUUGGCCGUCACUGCCGCUGGCCUUGAGAAGAGAGCCCACCCUUCCCAGGGCACCCGGUGGAAGGCCACCAGCCCCAGAGUUUACACAGAGGGCAGGCGGAGCCGUUGGUCUCUUCACAGUCUGCACAGGUUUUAUUUUGAAUAUUUCUGGGUGGGCAGUUCCUUUGCAUGUUUCGGGAGAGGUGUAUUGCUUUGGGGCUUCUAUGUCGGGCCUUGGGUUUUGGUUUUAUUUUAGGGGUUGUUUGGGGGCCCGAGGGCAGUCAGCUUCACGGGACGGGAUGGGUUGUGGAUGGCCUUUCUAUCGUGCUCUCGUGGGGAGGUUGCUUGGUUUGUGUUUUGUGUUCUUCCCCUGCACGAGCCAAAGUCGCUUCAUUUGGUUUCCACUGUGUGGACAGGUACCGGCACUUGCCGGAGGGAUCUCAGGCUGGAGAAGCCCUGGUCCCAGCCAUGGCAAAGCAGAGACACUGCUCUCCGGGUUCUUGUGCCACCUCAGCAGAACCCUCCCCAGGGAGGAGGGUGGUGUUCAGGAGAGGGGCAGCGUACGUUCCCCUGCCUGGGUAGGGCCAGAAGCCUCACGUGUAGGCUGCAGAGAGCAGCCACGGCCCCACCCUGGACGGAGGGGACCCUGCUGGGCGGACACCACCAGCCACUUCCUGGCCUGCAAGCGAUGCCACAGGUGGCCGAGGAGACGAAGACCUCUGGUCCAGGAGCCGACCUGGUCUUCCCAAGGGGCAGUGCCCCUGUGAAGAGAGAAGGGAUACAAUGAAGUCCCUGUCACCUCUGGGUGGUGUUUCAGUCGACGUUUCAGAGGCCAAACCGGCUUCCGCAAGGACUCACUCUUCGCUGGGAGUAGAUUUCCACACGUGCCUUUGACUGUGGACAGAUCAGGCUUCACAGCCACUGACUCAGCUGCCAGACCCUGGACUAAGGAGGAGAGGCCCUCCCUCCGCCCCUGCUCCCCACCCAGGCAGUGUCUGUUGCCCGAAGAACAGCACGGGACCCACGGCGCCCCAUGCCCUCAGCCCCCCAGCCGCCCCCGCCCCCUCCUCCCUUGCCGUACACUGACGCCUGGCAGCUCUAGCCAACGGCUCCCGUUCUUUGUGGAAAGGGCCGUGGUGAGAUUUUGCUUCCUUUUGUUUUAGAAUUGAAAUUAGUUAUUUUCUUCUGCUGGACAGUAUUAAACAGAGCAGGACAUUGAGUUAUCUGCUAGGUUGCAGUACUAAUGGUAGUGCUGUAGUGUCUUCAUAUUAAUAUUAUUUGGACUUAUUUGAACAAUAAUGAUGAAGAAGUGGUUCAUUAUUUUUUAAUUAAUGCACUUUAAUAAGGUGGAAUGGAAAGAAACCCAGAGAGCAAAGUGCAUUACUUAAAGAUGCAGUAUAUACUUUUCUCAUUUUUAAGCAGCACAUAUUUAUUAAAAGAAAAAAAAAGUAAUUUAUGACUAUUUAAAAUAAAAUUUAAAAGUAGAGUGACUGUCGGGUUAAAGGACCUUCCACAUAGCUAUCUUCCAGGGGGAGGGCCCCAGCGGCCUCACUCCUCAAUGUCUGCACUGAGCCAGUUCAAUAACACGCCAGCCAGGCCAGGAAGGAGUGCAGGAUGCAUGCCAAGCACAGAGCAUCUCAGUUGGACUGGACCACAGUACUCCCCAGAGCCUGCCUUCCCCUGCCCUUCUUAACUGUACUGCCCUGUGGGGCUCUCUGCCACCCGCAAGGCCCACGUUUUCCCAGCCCCCGCGAGGACCCUCUCUCCUUGAUCCCCAGUGCUCUAAGUAAUAGAGUCAUUAUAAGUGACCUUCAGGGUCACUCCAUCCCAUACCCUUCUGUUACUGCAGCCCAAGACAGGAACUAGCUUUCCCUGAAUCACACAGCUAGUUAACAGCAGCCCUCCCCACAGCAUUCAGCCCUGCACUCCUCCCCACCCCCUUUAGAGUUUAUAGUGUGGUCAUCAUGUUUACAUUGUGACAUCCAGCCCUAAGGAUGGCUGGGGGUUGCUCAGGCAUCCAGGAAAAGUGGGGAGUGCUGCCACCUGGUGACAGCAUGUAGCUUUGGGCAGUGAACAGGGAUUGCCAUGCCCCGUCUUUGCCCCUUGCCCCUCACCAUCACCCCCUAACUCACAGCACAGCACAAACCCUGCAAACCCAAAGAGAAUAUUAAUACUUGAAGCAAGAAGGGUGCAUGCCAGUCCCUCUCAGACAUGGCCAGGGGAUGCCAGGCCUUGUGCCCCUGGACUCCUAGCCCUGCCCAGGGCAAGAGGGCUUUUCCCUAGAGCUACUGAGCUGCUUUGUGAUGUUGGAGGGUACUUCUGGCAGCAGGUAGAGGAGGGAGGGGUCUGUGGCUCUGACCCAUCUGGAGGAAAACCAGAUCGGACUAAAAAAGGUAAAAGAAAAAUGAAAUCUCAGCAGUGUCCAAACCUAGUUUUCCAUUAGUUGCGAUUGAAAAUGUGAAAUGACGUUGUAUUGCUGUAUACUGCAACUUUAAUCAUAAUGAGCCCUUCUGAGGUCAUUAUUGAGGUUUAUAUAAUGCCCGAAGAUGCAUCAUUUGGUGCUUUUUCUUUCAGUUUAAAGACUUUUUUCUUUUAUUACAAGGGGAAAAGAUGUCUUCAUCUCUCUCCCACUUUGUCACAGGGGCCCAUGCUGUUCCCAGUAGGCCAAGGGACCCUGAGGGUGGCAGGAGGGAGCCGGACGGGCAGCCUGAGCAGCAGCUGUGCCAUCUGCCCCAGCUGUGGCCCGGCCCUCUUGCCAGCCCUCGGCCCUUUCACCCCCAGCCUGGCCCCACGGCCUCCUCUUUCUUCUUCCUCUGUUCUCCCUCUUGACGAAGGCAUUAUAUAGAAUCGUUUUAAUCACUUUCAGAUGUUAGAGCAGCAUAUUUUACUGGCAUUUAUAUCCAUUGCUUUCCUCAGCAAGGCAUGUUACUAUUAUCAUCUACGGAAAAAAGACAAGGGAAUUUCGGUCGAGCAUUAUUUUCAUGUUACUAGUAUUUGCAGAAUAGGUGUAGCACUAUUUAAGUUUAGACCUUGGUUUGGUAGUUUGUUUUGUUUUUAAGGAAAAAAAGAUAAAGUAACCCCUACUUUUCCUGUUUUUGUAUUUAACUAAUAUAUUAUUUCUUUAAGGUUACUCACUUCCCCUACCCUCUCCAAAUACUUUGCAUUCUCAAUCGAAAAUGAAAACAAUCUGAGAGACAGGAAAAGUGCAAUAUUAUCAAGAGGGAUGCCAGGCCUUGUUGGGACAGUGGCGGGAGAGCCAGCAGCCUUGUCUCUCACUAGGGGAGGUGGGGCUCCUGGAAGGAGUCACAGCUCUGGAGCCUAUAGAUGACUGGGGUAUUGAUGUUUUUACCCUUCUCCCCUCCCCCUCCCCUGGCAAGAUAGCAGGGGUCCCCGCCAGAGGGCAGCCCCUUCUGCUGGGUGUUGUCCACCCGGAAGAAAGGGAUUCAGGGACGUGGCAUGGGGCGCUUGGCCUCCCCAGGGCCCCAGCCCUCGGCACAGAGCGAGGACCUCCAGGAACUGCUCCUUGUUUUCAUUUCCAUUGUCUUUCAGCCAGCUGCUCAGAAAGACCUGUCCUAAAAGUCAUCCUCAGCAGCCCUCUUGCACCCUAAUCUCGUGAUGUUUGGGCCAUGAUCCUUUGGAUGUGUGUUUGAGUCUUUCUAAAACUAUGUAACCUCACGUUCAGUUUAUAGGCAGGAACCCUCGAUGUAAUCAAACCCUUUUGGAAGGAUGUGGGUGUCUUGAGCCGGACAUCCCCCAGCGACACGCCAAUUCCCACAAGCCUGCAGCCGGGCCCGGUGCCGAGCCGGGGCCCCCCAUUCAUCUCAG